AUAUUUUUUAUAAUGUUUCCAUCUUUAAAACACUGCUUUAGUUUACAUUAGAUCGCACAUGUAAUACAUUUAAUACAAACACUUCAUAUGGUUUGGCCAAAAAAUGAAAGUAAAAGUGCAGCUGAGUCACACCUAACAGACAAACCUGUUUUGCAAACAACUCUUAACACAAAACCAGGAAACUACUUUUCAAGCGAGUGUCUCUCUCUGUCUGUAUAUUAUUGAAAUAUGGCAGAAGCUCAGAAGUUCAGCUGUUCAGUGUGUUUGGAUCUUCUGAAGGAUCCAGUGAGCAUUCCUUGUGGACACAGUUACUGUAUGAGCUGUAUUACAAACUGCUGGGAUCAGAAUGAGAUGAGAAUCUACAGCUGCCCUCAAUGCAGACAAACCUUCACAACAAGACCUGUUUUAUAUAAAAAUGUGAUGAUUGCUGAAAUGGUGGAGGAACUGAAGAAGACAAAACUUCAGACUGCUGUUCCUGCUGACUCUUAUGCUGAAGCUGGAGAUGUGAAGUGUGAUGCCUGUACUGAGAGAAAAUACAAAGCUGUCAAGUCCUGUCUGGAGUGUCUGAAGUCUUACUGUCAAAGUCAUCUUAAACAACAUGAGAAUUUCUUCAAUGACAGGAGGCAUCAUUUGAUGAAUCCCACCAGACAACUUCAUGAGAUGAUCUGCUCAAAACAUAAUAAACAACUAGAAAUCUACUGUCGCACCGACCAACACUGCAUUUGUUAUCUGUGUACGAUGGACGAACAUAAAAACCAUGAUACUGUGACAGCUGUAGCAGAAAGAACUGAGAAACAGAGAGAUUUGGGAGAGAGACAGAUAAAAUUACAUCAGAUAAUUGAGGAGCGAGAGAAGGAGCUUCAGGAGCUGAGAGAGGCUGUGGACUCUCAUGUGCGCUCUGCACAGACAGCAGUGGAGGACAGUGAGAGGAUCUUUUCUGAACUGAUCCGAUCCAUUGAGAGAAGACGAUCUGAGGUGACACAACUGAUCAGAGAUCAGGAAAAGACUGCAGUGAGUCGAGCUGAAGGAGUCAUGAAGCGUCUGGAGGAGGAGAUUGAUGAUCUGAAGAGGAGAGACGCUGAACUGGAGCAGUUUUCACAUACAGACAAUCACAUCCAUUUUCUACAGGGUUUUCAGUCUCUGUCUGCAGCUCUUGAGUCUUCAGUCUCACACAGAUUUACUCUCAGCUCUCUUCUCUCUUUUGAUGAUGUGAGAAAAUCUCUCUCUCAACUGAAAGACAAACUGGAUGAUUUCUGUAGAGAGGAGAUAGAGCAGAUAUCUGGUGAAGAUUUCAAGCAGUUCACACUGGAUACAAACACAGUUAAUGAACACAUUCAGCUGACUGAUGGGAACAGAACGGCUACUUACACUUACACAGUCCAUCAGUAUCCUGAUCAUCCAGACAGAUUUAAUCAGCGGCGUCAGGUGUUGUGUAGAGAGAGUUUGUGUGGACGCUGUUACUGGGAGGUUGAGUGGAGUGGUUAUGUGUUUAUAUCAGUGUCAUAUAAGAGCAUCAGCAGGAAGGGAAGGGGUCAUGAUUGUGUGUUUGGAUGUAAUGAUCAGUCCUGGAGUUUGUGCUGCAGUGACUCCAGCUGCUCAUUCAUUCACAAUAACAAACUCACUAAACUCCCUGUAGUGUCAAGCUCCUGUAGAAUAGGAGUGUAUGUGGAUCACAGUAAAGGAUCUCUGUCCUUCUACAGCGUCUCUGAUACAAUGAACCUCAUACACAGAGUCAACACCACAUUCACUAAACCACUUUAUCCUGGGUUUUGGAUCUAUUCAGGUUCAGUUAAGUUAUGUAAUCCAGCAGUGUAGAUGAGAUGAAUAUUCUCUAAUGCUGUAAACUUUAACUAAAGAAAAGAAAGCUUUUUGUCCAAAAUUUGGUUUUUAAAGACACCUACCCAUAUUUAAGAGGUUGUAAAAGAGAACAAACGAAGAUAGGAUAAAAAAAGUUUUGUUUGUUUAUUUGUUUGUUUGAAAGCAGAUUUUCUGUUCUUUCAUUUGAUAUAUUUGUAUGUUUAUAUAUUUUUAGAAGACAAUUUUUGUUGAAGGCAUUUUGUGAAACUUUUGUGAAAAUCAGCCUAAAAAAAGGCUGGCCAUGAAUGAAAUUAUUUUAAUAAUGAAUAAUGUUCAAUUCAGGGUUGUAGGGGUGAUUGGGACAAGAUUAUUGGAAAAAAUAAAAAUCUGAAAAU